AUGGCAGGCUGGAACCAGACGGAUUUGGCCAGCAUGUCCCAGACUGAAUUCCUCCUGCUUGGAUUCCCUGGGGUCCAAGAGUCCAGAUUCCUCCUCUUCAUCCCUUUUUUCUGCCUGUACCUACUGAUUAUCACUGCAAACUCCAUCCUCAUCUACACUGUGAGGGUGGAGGAAAGCCUCCAUGCCCCCAUGUACCUGCUGAUCGCUCUGCUGCUUACUGUCAACCUCUGCAGCUCCAGCACGUUUGUGCCCAGGAUGCUGCUGGGUUUCAUCUUUGAUCUCAGCCACAUCUCCCUGGGGGGCUGCCUGGCACAGAUGUUCUUCCUGUACUUCUUCAUCAUGCUGGAUUGCAACAUCCUCCUCCUCAUGGCUUUGGACAGGUACGUGGCCAUCUGCAGCCCACUGCGCUACGCGGACAUAAUGACCAGAAAAUACCUGGCCAAGUUAUCCCUGGCUGCAGUGGUGAGGAGCAUCUCUUUUGUCAGCCCAGUGGUGAUCCUGGCAUCCAAGGUGCAUUUUUGCCACUCUAAUGUCAUCGAGCACUUCGUCUGCGAGCACAUGGCCUUGAUGAGCCUGUCCUGCGGGGACAUCGCCAGGAACAAGAUUGUAGGACUAACCAUGAGAGCCAUCACCAUCACCUUUGACUUGGGCUUCCUCCUGACAUCCUACUGCAGGAUAAUCCGUGCGGCCCUGAAAAUUGCUUCUGGGAACAUCUGGCACAAAGCCUUCCACACGUGUGCCACCCACCUCAUGGUCAUCCUGACAACUUACCUCUCCAGCCUCUGCUCCUCGAUAGCAUACCGCAUGGGGAAGUCCAUCCCUGGGGACGUGCACAACCUGAUCAGCGUGACAUACCUGUUACUGCCGUGUGUUAUCAAUCCUAUCAUCUACGGUGUGAGGACCAAAGAGAUCAGGGAGCACCUGCUAAAACUGCUGAAGAAAAGAGGGUUGGUUUCAAUCCCCUUUAAGUGGGUAGCUACAAGCGAGCAGAGAUAA